CUGUCCUCGUGCCCGCGGGUACGCCUCGCCCUCGCUUGGUUUCAUCUUCCUCGCUGCCCUUUCUCGAUUCAAAACUCCAAGCUCCUCUCCUCUCCCCUCCCCACCACCCCCCUCCACCGACGCCAUGGCGUCGCCUCGCUCUCAUGAUCGAUCCGACGGUAAGCGCCUCUGCCCACAGCCCAUCCCUAACCCUAACCCCAGCCCAAAUCCUGACUCUGCCCCCUCCCGCCCCAGUCCGCGACCCGCUGCUGGACAUGGUCUUCCAGGCGGCCUCCGACGACAACCUCCCCCGCUUCAAGGCGCUGGUCAUGAUGCUGGACAUGGGCAGGGGCCGCCCCAAGGAGGCGAUUGAGGAGUUGAGGGUGGAAGAUGAUGCGAAGCUUCAAGGUUUCAGUGCGCUGCACAUCGCGGCCAGUAGAUGUAGUCUUGAGGUGUGCAGGUACCUCGUCGAGGAGCUGCUGAUAGAUGUGGAUCUGGUCGACAAGGAAGGUAGAACACCUCUGUUGUUUGCAAAAUACCACAAUGGGGGUACUGCAGAGUAUCUUCUUGAUCAUGGUGCUAAUCCAGACAAAGCCAAUAACGAUGGGGCUUUCCUGUUACAUUAUGCCGCUGAAUUAGGUCCAACCUCUAUAAACACAUAUCUCUGUUCUGCAUCUCUGCAUUGCAAAUUGUUUUGUUACAACAAGAUGGUAAAUGGUGUGACACCUCUUAUGGCUGCUAGAGAUGCCAACUCAACGGAAUGUAUCAAGCUCCUAGUUAAGGUUCAGGAGGAGCCUAUGCUUAAACGGGAAAUCGCGGCAUCAGAGCUUAUAUCACUAGGGAGUAUCUCUUUAAAGGAAAAAGAUUAUGUUGUUGCAGCAAAAUUGUACAGUCAGGCAAUGCAGCUUGAUCCUGAUGAUGCGGUCUUGUUCUCAGACAGGAGCCUUUGUUGGCUUAACAUGGGGAAUGGAAGAAAGGCUUUGCUAGAUGCUAAUAAAUGCAGAAAAAUGCGGCCUCACUGGCCAAAAGCUUGUCACCGGCAGGGUGAAGCUCUGAUGCUACUGAAGGACUAUGAGGGCGCAAGUGAACGGUUCUUGGAUGGACUCAAAUUGGACCCAGUGGACACUGAUAUCGAGGAUGCAUUACGGGAAGCUAUGAAGUCGUUGAAGACGUCUCGGAGCACGAAAGCCAGGUGACUAUCUGGGCGUUGCAGGGAAAUCAGUUGAAGGCUUGAAACGGCUCAGGAGUUUCUUCAUUUGCGCAGAGACUGAUUUCCUUUGUAU